UACGUUACGUACAGCACGUCGUGUUUGUUGGUGUGAGCUGAACGGUUUCACUGACCCAAGCUGAACCGAGCCGAGACAGCAGAAUUGUAGACUGAAAGGUAAAGAAGAAGAAGCUGCUGUCAGCGUCUAACUAACUAAGUCUAUUUUAUUUAUUUUUAUAUUUCAACUGACUGCUGAACACGCUUAAUUUCUGCCUGACGUGAAUGUGUAUUAUUAGCUUACGUGUUUGUUUGCACGUGCGUGGACCUGGGACGCUUGCAAUCAAAAGUCCAAUUUGUAAGCGAUAAAAACUAAGAGAAAAAGAAAUGGAGAGAACCAACGGCUUCUCGUCGGACCGAAACAUCCUCUGCCUGUUUGACGUGGACGGUACGUUGACACCACCUAGAGAGAAAAUCGACCCACAUUUGGACGCGUUUUUCCAGACUCUGCGGAGGAAAGUGAAGAUCGGCAUCGUGGGAGGGUCAGACUACUCCAAGAUAGCUGAGCAGCUCGGGGAGGGGGAUGAUGUGGUACACAAGUUUGACUAUGUAUUUGCUGAGAACGGGACAGUGCAAUAUAAAGAUGGGAAACUCCUCUCAAAGCAUGCCAUUCAGAACCAGAUUGGGGAGGAGCUGCUGCAGGACCUGAUCAACUUUUGCCUCAGCUAUAUGGGGCUCAUCAAGCUGCCAAAGAAAAGGGGAACAUUCAUUGAGUUCAGGAAUGGAAUGCUCAACAUUUCCCCCAUUGGUCGGAGCUGCACGCUGGAGGAGCGAAUCGAAUUCUCAGAAAUCGACAAGAGAGAGAAGAUCAGGGAGAAAUUUGUUGCUGCCCUGAAAGAGAAGUUUGCUGGAAAGGGACUACGGUUCACUAAAGGUGGUCUCAUCAGCUUUGAUGUUUUUCCAGAGGGCUGGGACAAGAGACUGUGUUUAGAGCUGCUGGACAGUGAAGGCCUGGACGCCAUCUACUUCUUUGGCAACGAAACCUCAGAUGGAGGAAACGACUAUGAAAUUUUCAACGACCCACGGACCAUUGGUUUCACGGUCUACUCUCCGGAGGACACGGCCAGGUUCUGUCGGGAGCUUUUCUUCAACACUCCCCCACACGAGCCCUGAUGUCCUGGAAGGCCCCUUCCCCCGAUCCCUUUACAGAGGAAGGCCUCUGACGUCCUGCCUCUGGGUCUCUGCUGGUACGAUAACAAGCAACUUGAACCCAGGCUAUUUAUGAGCUGCUGAAAGAUACCACUACUGAUUUUCUCCUUAAUAUUUACAUGAUUGCUCUGAAUGCAAAUGAACAGAAGCAGGGGGAUUUGACUAAAUGUGAAAAAUAAAUCCUGCUGGGUUGUAGUUUUAUUUGUUUUUUAAAGGGACAGUUACUGAGGAUGUGUUACAUGUUGAUGUAUGUGAAAGUUCAAAGUACUGUGCCAAAUGUGCUUGACUGCAGUGUCACAGCACUGCAAUGUGUAGCAUGUAAUAUUAACAAAAAAGCUUAGAGAGAUUCUGAAACAUCAGUGUUGGAAGUUGGAAGUGAGUUUGCACUAAUGUUGGCAUAAUUUCAUACCAACCGUUGUUGGUAUAUUGUUGUUGAACAGAAAAGGAAGAGAGAGAGAGAGAGAGAGAGGUUUUAAAACAGCUGAUGUUUUGGUGAAUCCAUUUAAAAAAUGACAUAUGAAUGAAGCCUUAAAGAAGAUGUGGGUUUUUCAUCCUCUACAGUUGAGGAUAUAUGAUUCAUUCCAGUUUUUUUAUUGACUCUGCCGCUGGAUGUGGUUUGUUGUUUAUUCAUUGUGUGAUCCCUGAAAUAUCAAAUGUGUUUUUUAACCUCAAAAAGCUGGUGGAAAUGGAAGAAACUUGCUUGCUUUGCUUGUUUAGCAUCUCUAGGUUUUUUAAAUGAAUUAAAGCAAAAAGUAUUCAUCAGUUUUGAUUUAAGACUGAGCAUUACUGACUCAAUGAAUUCAGCUUAACCACAGAAUUAAGCUUCAAUGACAAAGUCACUCUGCAAAGUAUUGUCAGUCAAUAUGAAAGCUUAUGUAAGUUUAUGUAAAAUAUUUUUACAAAUUGGAUCAAUGCCUGCACGCUGGGUGACUAUAUGUAUUGAAGCUUAUUGACUGGUUCCUUGUUGCUAGCUCUCUUUAGAUUCUUGCCGUUUUUAACAGCUGCUUAUGGGGUUACAUAUCAUUUUAAAAUGUAAACUGACACUUUGAUUUUGCCAUGACGCCUAUUAACCCAUGACGGGUUAAUGUUCUGUCCUGUUGUGGUUCAGAAAAAUAAUGCCUCCUUGGAUCAUUAUUGUAAAUAUGAGGCUUUUGAUCAGUAGCAUUCAUCCGCUGCAGAUCUGUGUCUGACUGUAAACACUCCUUCAACCUCAAAGACAAAAAUGAUCAUGUAGACAGGACUUCUAUGCACAGCAGAAAGUGAGCUUUUAAUAUGUCACUGAUUCUAACUGGUUUAGAGAUUAAUCUUGUUCUUUUUCAGUCACACAUGGGUUCAAUUCAUUGUAAUAAAACCUUUUUGAUAUCAUGUCACUGACA